CCCAAGUAGCUGUGGCUAUGAUGGCGGGUCGUGUGGGGACGUGGAUUGUGAUACUGUGUGUAGUUACUCAAAAUAUUUUUGCUGCUUCACAGUUUGUUCCUUGGCAGCAACUGGAACACAUGAAAAAUGUUGCUGUCAAGAAAAGCUGCAGCAUGAGCAGCCAGUAUGGUGAUGGCACACUCACUUCGGGAGACUGCUCUGCGGCAAUAAAUGGAAACAAUGACACAAAUUUCGACCUCUAUAAAUCACCCCCGAACUGCAUCCACACCAGUUGUUAUGAUUUUAACCCUUUUUGGUCAGUGGAUCUGGGAAAAAUAUUUUCUGUUCACAGGAUUAUCAUCUAUGCACGCAAAGACUAUGAGAAAAGAAUGCUGAGGGUUCAUGUUUGGCUCGACAAACAAAAUAUAUUUUCGUACCAAUAUUCGGACGAAAUAAAUACUAUCAACGUCAUUGACAAAAACCUUCCUCGACAAGGUCAAGUGGUUAAGAUCACAAGGGAAGGACAAAAACCACCAGACGAUUGUGCGCCAUUAAUAACCAUUUGCGAAGUUCAAGUAUGGGUGUGCACAGCUGGAUGGUGGGGUGGAGACUGUCAGAAUCCGUGCAGUACAACAUGCCAGGGCGCAGGUCAAGCCACAGGUCAGAGUACAGAAGAGGACAAUUAUUGCGACUCAGUAAAUGGCACAUGUUUAAAAGGUUGUGUGUCUGGCUACUGGGGGGCAAACUGCACCCGUCCCUGUGGAGCAGGGUGUGACAGUCCCGGAUGCGGUCAGAGUGACGGGACCUGUCAGUGCCGACCGCAGUGGGAGUCUUCUCUGUGCCAAAGUUGUAUGUCUGGCUACUGGGGGGCAAAUUGCACCCGUCCCUGUGGAGCAGGGUGUGACAGUCGUGGAUGCAGUCAGAGUGACGGGACCUGUCAGUGCCGGCCGCAGUGGGAGUCUUCUCUGUGCCAAAACUGUUCAGCCGGUCACUACAACUUGACUAACGACUGUAACAACACCUGUGGUGAAGGAUGUCAUGACACAUGUAGCAGGACUAACGGGACAUGUCAGUGUCGACAAGGAUGGGAGUCUCCUCUGUGUCAGCGCUGUGCAGAUAAUUACUACAACAUGUCUAAUGACUGUGUCACCUGUGGUGAAGGAUGUAACAACACUUGCAACAGGACUGACGGGACAUGUCAGUGUCGACCAGGAUGGCAGCUUCCUCUGUGUCAAAAGUGUGCAAAUAAUUACUACAGAAUGUCAAAUGACUGUGUCACCUGCGGUGAAGGAUGUAACAACACUUGCAACAUUGCUAACGGGACAUGUCAGUGUCGAGCAGGAUGGCAGCCUCCUAUGUGUCAAGAUUGUGCAGAUAAUUACUACAACAUGUCUAAUGACUGUGUCACCUGCGGUGAAGGAUGUAACAACACUUGCAACAUUACUAACGGGACAUGUCAGUGUCGACCAGGAUGGCAGCCUCCUCUGUGUCAACAUUGUGCAGACAAUUACUACAACAAGACUAACGCCUGUCAAAACACCUGUGGUGAAGGAUGUCAUGACACAUGCAGCAGGACAGACGGGACAUGUCAGUGUCGACCAGGAUGGCAGCCUCCUCUGUGUCAAAAGCCAAUGCAGUUGAAAGGAGAUGAACCCAACAGCGCUCCUAUUGGUGCCAUCAUCGGGCCAGUCGUGGCUGUGAUACUCGUCGUUGGAGUAGUUGUUGGGAUCGUUAUAUUCAGGCGUCGAAGACAGGACAAGCGAAACCAAUAUAUUCAACAAGAGCUGGCAACAGAAAACCCUGCAAAUAAAACAACGCCAGAAGGGGCUAUGAAUGUCAUUGAUAAGCAAGAUAAUAAACCGAUAGCAUCCAUCAAUCCACAAACGUACCCCACGCCUGUAGAUACGGACGACAUACACAUCUAUAAUAACGAGCACCUGUCCAAACCUCAGCGUUCCUCUGUUUCUUCUCCAAGUAAUGGUGAGGUUGGUAAUGAAAAUGCGUCAGCUGCAAAAACGAAAGAAAGCAAUUGUUCAAAAAAAGACAAAGACAAGCGAGAUGCUAAACCGCCUGCUACUGCACCAAAACCGGUUGCGAACAAAGAAAGCGCACCAAACAAAAGGCUAUAUGAGAACAUUGACCUAAUGGCAAACCUUCCGAAAAUAUCCGACAACGACGAGAAUCAAAAGCCUAAUGUGAAGUCAGAGGAAAAAGACCAGGAGGCUGUCAAUGGCGUCUAUGAAGAAGAAGAGGAUAUCUACAACACGGAGGACAUCUACGGCUGCUACCGGUCAAUGGGAUCAUCGUCAAUACUCGAUGAUUUUCAGAAGUCUUUGUUGGCCAGUCUUGCCUCUGGAAAACUAGGAAUGGAAUUUGCGAAAUUUCCCAAAGACAUGCAGCAUCCUAACAAGGUCGGUUCCAAACCAGAGAACUCUAAAAAGAAUCGUUUCAAGGCGCUGUGUGCGUACGACCAUUCUAGAGUUGUCCUUCGUAGACCAAAAGGAGACAUCAAUACAGAUUACAUCAACGCAAGUUACAUUAAGGGGUAUAAUCGAGAAAAGGCAUACAUCGCCACACAAGGUCCACGAUCCAGCACAGUGGAUGACUUUUGGUGGAUGGUGUGGCAGGAGAGCGUCACACAGAUCGUCAUGCUUACCAACAUCAAGGAGGGCGGAAAGGACAAGUGUGAAGAGUACUGGCCAACAGUCGGUAACACACAAACGUAUGGUCACGUGACAGUGACAGCUUUAAAAGCAGAUGCCAGGGCAGACUUCAUCGUGCGCUCGUUUGUGGUGGGAACCAGAAAGGGAGGUGACCAGCGGACGGUAUCUCAGUAUCACUACCUGGUGUGGCCUGACCACGGGGUGCCGUCCACCCUCUCAUUGGUCAACUUCUGGCGCUACGUCAAGGCACGUGCACGAGGUGCCAUACCUGUCAUGCACUGCAGCGCCGGGGUUGGACGCACAGGCACCUACAUAGCCUUAGACAUCGCCUCAGUCUUGAGGUCACGUGGCUUGGAGGUAAACGUCAAGGAGAUCGUCAGUAGACUACGUGAGGACAGAACACUCAUGGUCCAAACUGAGGCUCAGUAUAAGUUUCUCCAUGAAGCCAUCCUUGAAGAAUACAGCAGCCGUGAAACCAGAAAAAAUUUUGAACAGUUCGAUGCCGUAUUUCCUGACACUAUCAACAUCAACAACACUUCAAGAGUAGACAAGGAAUUUAAGAUGUUAAACCAAAUGGGAAUGUUCGUGCCAAUACCAAAAUACACCACCGCUGCCUCUAAAGAGAAUAUGCCUAAGAACCGGAACAGAGAGUUCCUGCCAGAUGAUGAGCAUUUACUUUUCAUCCCGGGUCACGUGCCUGGUAGAAAUCAGUACAUCAACGCCGUCCACAUGUCGUCUCUUAGGAAGAGACAGGGGCUGAUCCUCACUCAACUUCCCUUGCCGGACACCGUGGUGGACAUGUGGAGUCUGGUUGACGGAUGGGACGUCAACACCAUUGUUUCUCUCGGACACAAAGACCAGAGUCAAUUGGUCAAGAACUACUGCCGUUACUGGCCUGAUACAGAGCAAGAUGCUCUGAAAACUGAACAACACACCAUCGGCCUAAUGUCCACUACUACACAUGGAGAUCAUCUGACUUGCUAUGACGUGUCUCUCACCACAAAGGCGUCGAAGGAUAAAACAGUUCGAGUUCUGUACUACGAUGACUGGGCAGGCCUACUCCCAGGUAAAAUCUCAGACAUUCUCCACCUGAUCGGCAUUCUGGAAUCAUGGCAUGUCGAAGAGGACACCUCACCUGUAAUUGUGCAGUGCAGUGACGGUGUCACCAGAAGCGGGAUGUUCUGUGCUCUGUAUGACGUCAUUAACCGAGCAAGGAUUGACCAGGAGGUUGAUGUCUACCUGCCUGUGCGACAGGUUCAAACCGUCAGACCAAAGGCCUUCACUACCGAGAUGCAGUAUCGGUAUUGCUACCAGGCUGUACAGGAGUACAAGCGACAAGACAGUGUGUACCAAAACAUGUGACCAGUCUACAACUUUCACACUUGUCGUUUGAAUUGUUAUUGAAACGGGCGUCCUCAAAAAUAACACUGACAAGCCAGUUUCAACAAUCAAAGAUUUCUGUGUGCGCUUGUGUUGUAUUCAUUUCACUGCCAAACUACUUAUUUCAGUUUUGGAUGACAUUUUAAAUUGUAAUCACAACAAUAUAAAGAAAUAUAACUCGUUAUUUGUUACAACCAAUACAGGACACUAAGAUGUAUUGUGUUCUGAACCUGUCACAUAGUCUAACUACCUGUACUGACAUUUGUUAGCUUGUGUACCACAUCUUUAAAUGUUAGUGUAUGCCAGUACUUUCUACUGUUUUAUUUUCAGUUUAGGGCAAUAGUUAUGUAAGUGUUUUUAAGGCAGACUUUUAUAUACUCUUGAAGAUUCUAUAGACUAUAACAGUUUAAUAAUUGUAUAUGUAUAUAUACUCUUUAUGAGUUCUCAGCAUAUGAAUACAUUUUUAUGAUAGCUUCUUAAACACUAAGUUCAGGAUGGUGUCCAAAUUAUACUGUUGCUGUCGUUAGACAUAUUUUAAAGCAGAAAAUGUUGCGAGGAAAAUAUUUUAUUAUCAGGAACGGAAUCAAAUGUCAUGAAAAUUGUUUUUCCUGAUGUUAAGUUGACCGUCUUCCUUGAAAACUGGUCAAAGAUGUAAAAUAAUAGAGCCAGUGCAAAGGCUGGCAGAUUGUUGUUAUUAUCCUAGCUCCAAAGAAAAUAGUUGCUGAUCAUGUUACUUUUACAUCUUAAAGCCAUAUAACAGGAAAUUAAAAAGAACCUUGAUUUCAAGAUAAUGCCAUGCAGUGGCUGUUCAGCAAUUUGCUCUCUCUGAGUACUUACAGAAAUCUAGCUUUCAUGUGUCACCCAGAACCAACAGAUGAGUAAGUACUGCCAUAUCGUGUAGUAGUUUCCCCAUAUUUGGUAAGAUUUUGUGAAAAUGUAACUUUAAAAAAUGACCUGUUCAGGAUGUCUACCCAGUCAUCUGCUUAAUAAGUUUAACCAGUAACCUGUUGAGUAUGCUGAGCCAGUGACAUGCUUACUAUAUUUAACUAGUAACCUCCUCCAUUCGUUUCACUAUUAUCAACGAAUUUAACACAAAAACACCUGACACUGAAAGGUAGGGCGCGUGCGAGACAGUCGAACCUUUUUGCGAAGACUGGUCAGUAAGAAAAGGAAAACUGAUUGAUGGCUAAUUUUUUAAUGUUUAUAUUUUUCUAUAAACCAUUGAUAACUUUCUGUACAAAAUUUAUAUGUACCUAUUUUUUAAAAGUGCCCUGUGCUUCUUUCUAUUUAUAUAUCUAUAUAUUAUCUUAUUACAUUUACAUUAUAUAUAUACAAAAUAAUCGUCAUUAAACACUAUAAGGCAUAUCUAGUCAUGUAAUACUAACCCUUCUAUUUAUUUGAAUAUACACAUCUAUAUUUUGAGAGGGCACAUUGUUUUGCUAAUAAUCAUUGAAACACUGAAGGUGGCAAUACGUUAUAUGUUAUCAUGUGAUAAUAACCCAGUUAUUUAUUUCAAUACAUUAAUUUGUUUAGAAAAACACUUGAAACAUACCAAGAUAAUAGAAAGUAUUUUAAAGUGCGCAGGUUAGUCUGACAUUAGAAGGGAAAUUUACUUCCUUGCUCUACCCAGAUACAUGAUUUUCUCAGAAACGGGAAACAAAAUUUGACAGCCUUUCAACAUAUUCUGUGUCCACGAAGGUAAAGUCUAUAUACCUCUCGGGUAGCCAAUACACAGUUAAUUUUGAUAUAUGUAAAGUUCAAGCACGCCUCUCAGAACCUCCAUUGCUUUAGGUUUAGUUUAAACUAAGAUAGCAAUUAAUUUCACGGGUUUGGUUUAUGAAUUUGUCCCUCAAACAAGAGACUAUCUCCUUAAAAGUUUUUAUUUUAUUAUAUUGUUUCUAGAUACCUUUCCAAGUACUACUUUAAGUGACUUUUCUUAAUGCUGUAUAGUUUUGCUCAAACUCAUCAUCACUACAUGCUUUUUUAAAACUACUGCUAAGUUCUUUUUAACAUUUUUAUGUUUACGGGCUUAGUUUUUAAGCUUUUUUGCUUGUCAGCAGUGUUUAUUUGUGAUAAUGUAUUACUUAAGCAAAAUCAAAGACGUGAUUUUUGUAGAUUUUACGAUUUUUGUUGUUGUUUGAUACUUUCCAUCUGAAUAUUCAAAUGUGUGCUCAAGACUAGACAACUAAGACUAAAACAUGUUUGUCAACAUUUGAAUGGAAACGCUCUCUGGUAUAGCCGAGGCGAUAACAAUUGGCAUUUAUUUAUCUUCUGCCU